AUGUAUGUUUCUUCUCGUGACAGUGGUACCCGUGCGUUUCGUCAGCUCAAGGCCAGAGAGUUUCACGAGAUGCAGUGGAAUGAGAAUAUGAUUCAUAAGGGCAGACUGGUCGGUGAAAAGUCAAUUGACCUCGGCGAACCACCCAAAAGUAGAGCCACGGAAAAGCAUCAGGCACAGACUGAGCGAACUCAUCACCGUCGAUCACUAAGCUCCAAAAUCAUCAGGUCGGAGAAGAUGAAUCAAAUUAUACAUAUAUUCCGCGUGACAGACAAGGGAAACGGAAAAAACGAGAAUCAAAAGCCUGCACUGAUCCAAGAUGAUCAUUCCACCAUUCUGGCCCAUGACGCAUUCAAACAGCAGUUCGAUGCCUAUGUCAGGGACUGUGAAAUACCCAACGCCAACUUUGCGAGGAAGUUUGGGUUGUUCACCAGCGACAGGUCGCUUCCGCCUUUCAUAAGAGAACUGCCAGUCGCCGAAGACAAAGCAAUGGAUAUGGUAACUGCCUCGUCAACAAAAGGGGUAUCAAACUCUAGGAGGUUCCACGGCCCUUUCACGCCUCAGCUUUGGUUCGACAGUGGCAUUGAUUACAGAUGGAAACACCGCUCUCAUUAG